AGAACCCAUCACAAGAUUGAUUAUCUUUGUAUAUCAACCUCUUUCUCUUAUGGCUUCAAUAAGCUUAGUUGGAGUUUCCAUAGCCAUCAUUUGCUUUCUCAUCCUCCAUCGCUUCCUCAUCAAGAAACCUCCCUACCGGUUCUAUAUAAUUAGCUGGCCGGUUCUUGGGAUGAUUCCGGGUCUUUUCUUGGUGCUCCACCGCAUAUACGACUUCACAGUUGAGUUUCUUGAAAGCACCGAGUUAACAUUUUCAUUCAAGGGACCGUGGUUCGCUGGACUGGAUAUGCUGGUCACAGCUGAUCCAGCUAAUAUUCACUACCUAGUAAUCUCAAACUUCUCCAAUUUUGUUAAAGGUUCCGACUUCAAAGAAGUCUUUGAUGCCUUCGAAGAGGGGUUAUUCGCAAAGGACUCGUUGGAAUGGAAGGAUCUGAACAAAGCUACUCAGGUCAUGAUCAACCAUCAAGGAUUUCAAAGAUUGUCAAUGAGUACCACGAGAAGUAAAAUCAAGGACGGGCUUGUUCCUUUGUUUAAUCAUAUCGCAGAGGAAGGCAAAACUGUGGACUUGCAAGAUGUUUUCUUGAGGUUCACGUUUGAUACAUCUCUAGUUACAGUAACUAGGUGUGAUGAUCCUAGAUCUCUCUCCAUUGAAAUGCCAGAGGUUGAGUUCGCUAAAGCUCUCGACAAUACAGUGGAAGGAAUACAAUAUAGGCAUGUUAAACCUAGAUUCUUGUGGAAGCUACAAAACUGGAUCGGAGUCGGGAUAGAGAAGAAGAUGAUAGAAGCUGGUGCCAUUUUUGAUCGAGUGUGUGCGAAAUACAUAUCAGCCAGGAGAAAUCAUUUCACUGGAGAAAGUGAAGAUCUUUUGACAUCUCACAUAUACAUCUUUAUAUAUACAACCAAGUAUCCGCUCUUGAAUCCUAACAAUGAUAGAUUCCUCAGAGACAAUGUCUUAGCUUUACUUCUAGCCGGGAGAAAUACCACAACCUCUGCUCUCACUUGGUUCUUUUGGCUUUUGUCCGAAAACCCUACAGUGGUGACAAAGAUUCGCCAAGAGAUUGACAAGAUUCUACCAAGAAGUAGUAGUGGCAAAGAGAGGCCAUCUUAUGAUCCAAUGGAGUACUUAAACAAGCUAGUGUAUUUACAUGCCGCAUUGUGUGAAUCAAUGAGGCUUUACCCACCGGUUCCUAUCGAGCGUGUGUCUCCUGUAGAAUCAGAUGUGCUUCCAAGUGGACAUAAGGUCGAAGCAAACUCAAAGAUUUUGAUCUUCAUUUAUGCGGUGGUAGGAUGAGAGCCGUAUGGGGAGAAAAUGCAUUAGAAUACAAGCCAGAGAGAUGGAUUUCCGAGACCGGAUCAUUGAGACAUGUACCUGCCUACAAGUUCUUAGCAUUCUAUGCCGGCCCGAGAAUAUGCCUUGGUAAACAAAUAGCAAUGGUUACA